CAAAGAACAUACCAAGGCCACUUCUCAGUAUGGUCAGAGAUUCACAGACCUGCCUGAGUUUUACAUUCACCACACAUACUUUCAAGGCUCCUUUCUGUCCCUGUAAGAAAGAAGACAGACCUUCUGAUGCGCAGAUGGAGCCUUGAGAAUAUCACGGAAGCUGAAAAUGACAGUGUGAACUGGCGGCAAAGAAGAAUCAGCUGGCAGCUGCAGGGAAAAUGUGAAAAUAGCCAUGAAAGAAAUAAACAAGUACAAAUCGCAGUUCAUGAGAAUAAUGCUCAGGACAACUGGAUCAAGCCUCAGAUCUGGGAGAGGGAAAUGGCAGAGCAGAGCCGGGAGGUCGCCCGCUUGAAACACAGACUGGAUGUGAUGGAAGGAAAGAGGCUGCUUGAGGGAUACAGGAGGCGGAGAACAAUGCCUGGAAGUCCAGAGACACAGAACCCUCCGAGGAGAGGUCCUUAGCAGAUCCAGAAACUGGUGCAACCUCUGUGAGUUACAGCAGCUCUGACUGUACGAAGAAUGCAGACAAGGACAAGGUAAAUCCUGGGACCAUUCUCAGUUGUAACACUUUCGGGAAACCCUCAUCUGUCUGUACAGCACGCUCUCCUGGCCUAGUCUCGUUUUGUGUGUUGUGUGAUAUGCCUGCUUGUUUUUUGUUUUUCAAAUGCACACUCUUAACCUAGGAGCCUACAAGCUUCUCUAUUUUCAGCCUGUCAUCUUUUUGUGGUACGUUUAGAAGCCCAAAGGGCUUAGAGGCUGAGUACCUUAAGACUUUACCAUGUGUUUCUGGAAAUAACGGGAGGAGGAUGACCCCACAUUCCAAACAGACGUCUCCUGGCCUGGGUCACCCCUUCCAGACCUCAACUCUAUGGGAACAGUGUGGCUGCUGUGUCUUCCUUUCUUGAUUCUGGCUAGGAGAUUAACCUGCUAGAAAGUCUACCAUAUUGUUUAAAAUUGAAAAAUGCGAAACCCCAUCAUUACUCCAACUUUUUAUUUUGUGCCCUGUGCAAUUUAAAGUUAUU